AUGACCUGCGACGACGCCCGUCCGUGCUCCAGGUGUGUGGCCAAAGGCACUGCCGAUACCUGUGCGGACGCGCCACGUAAGACCAAGAAGUAUCUGACCGGAGAAACUCCGGGCGACGGGAUGGGCGCGACGGUUCUGGAGACCCGCAAACCGUUCAUGUCGUCUGCGGCGGACAUGGAGUACUCCACACUGGGUAAUAUCAUUAACCAGGACUUUCUGAGCCCGGAAACACAGCAGUCAACGCAGUUCUUCAGCCCCGCGGUGAGCAACUCGAACUCGGAGGACCAGCUGGACCGCGUGGCGCAGCAGACACCGAUUUACCAGGCCCCAAGCCAGCAGCUGUUUUCGCCAGAGCCGUCCUUGAUGCCUAUUUAUAAGCUCGAGUCGCUGAAAACAAAUUGCGACCCGUUGAUCAACCAGUACUACAUUGGGGCGCAGUCGACGUUCCCGCAGAUCGUCAAGAUGAUCUCGCAGUUCCGCCAGCAAAACCCGGCCCAAUUCCACGAACGCAACCAGCUGUCGGCCAUAUCUUUCUCUGUGGCGGUGCCGCAGAGCAACGACCGGCUGCCCACGAAAAUGCCGUGCGGCCUGCUGUUCAAAGAGCCGUCCGAGAUCUACUCCAAGAUCGCGGCCCCGUUCAACUACGUCAAGCCGUACCACGACCUCAACCUGUACCUGCGGAAACGGUUCGACAAGAGCCAUCUGGUGUCGAUGUCCAAGUCGAUGUCCGAGUACAGACCGUCGUUCAUUGCCGGGAUGAUCCAUCUGAAGGGCGACGACCUGAUUUUCGCCGAACAGUGUUUCCAGCGAACGCUACUGGAAUACGAUAACUACAUCUCGAUCUCGGGCACCCCGACGCUGGUUUGGCGACGCACGUCGCAGAUCGCGUACGUGGGCGACGAGUUCUGUGUGCUGACCGGGUGGAGCAAAGAACAGCUGCUGGACAAGUCUGUGUUUGCCGUGGAGAUCAUGGACGACAAGUCGUGUGUGGAGUAUUUCCAGCUCUUUUCGAAAAUCGCGUUUGGCGACUUCCGAGGAGCCACCAUGACGGAAUGCACAUUGCUGACCCCGGCCGGCGACACCAUCCGCGUGUCCAGCAUCUGGACACUGAAAAGAGACGUUUUCGGCAUCCCCAUGAUGAUCAUCGCCAGUUUCUUGCCCAUCCUAACCUGA